AUUUCCCAGAGCACCGUGGUGGAAGGAGGGGAGAAGGAAGAAGGGCGUUCCGGGUUGGAGCGGCGGGGUGCUGUUGGAGGUUUGAAAGAUGUCCAAACAAAACCUGAAGAAAAUAAACGGAGACAGUUUGAAUGGCCAGGAUGACAAAAACUCUGAAGUCACAAGGUUUUAUAGUCAAACUGUGGACAGACAGACAGAAUUUCAAAGAUUCAAAACAGAGAAAGGCAGACACGAGAAGAAACAAUAUCAAAGUUCUAAUACUGGUGCUGAUGGAAAAUCCCAAGGAGAAUCUCCAAAUGGAAACAAAACCACAGCUAAUUCUUUAAUCAAAUCUGAAAAGCGAAAGAGAAUAGUUAUACAAUUUAAAUCCAAAGAAGCUAAACAUGGAAAAAAUACAGGCACUGCUGAUGUAGUGACAACUAGCGGGGAAGAUCAUAACAAAGGUCCUUUUGACGUUAAAGAAAGAAAAAGACACUGUCAUAGCUUUGUGGUUCAGAGAGACAAGGUGGUGAAGAAAAAGAAAGUUGAACUCUGUAAACCAAAGGUAAAAGUUGAACAAACUGUGUUGGGACAACUGAAGUCAUCUGCAUAUAAUUUAUAUGUACCUCAUAAAAAGGCAGACAGAUCUAGAAAAACGAGUGAGGAUGUCAGAAUUCAAAAAAAGCCACCUAGCACAUCUAUAGAGACUGUGUGUCAUGAUAGACCUGUCACUAAGAAGUCAAAUGUGUUAUCUAGGACUUGUGAAGAAAAGUAUAAAGAAGAAUAUAAGGAAUUUUCUAAGAAAAACCAACAUGCUAACAAGCAUACAUCACACUGCUCAACUGAAACACUGCAGCAAUGGGACUGUUGUAAAUGGAAAAAACAGGAUGCUGAUCGAGUUAGUUGUAAUUCAGGGACUGAAAAAGGGGACUUCGAAGCCACAGAAUUUUGUUUUAAGCAGGGCUUUCCAUCCCCUCAAAGCAGUGCAAUCUUUCCAUUGCCUCAAGGUUGUGAAUACUUAGAAGGUGACCAAGAGAUGCAGAUAGUUGAGGAUUUGCAUGUUGCUCGUAUUGAAAAGAGGAUGGCCCAAUCUGUAGUACAGACCUGUGGAGAACUGACAAGUAUGGAAAUAGAUCUUCCAGAACAGGAUUUAAAUAUUUCUGCUGAGACUUCUUCCGGUCAGUUUCAUCUCCGUGUCAGUUUACCCAUGUCUGCGUGCCUGGUAAUCAUCCCUGUAUUCUCCCCAGCUUACACAUCCCUUUACUUUUUCCUUCUUUUCCCUUGUUUUUUUCCCCAGCGUGUCAUUACUCUUGUCACGCACUGGUUUCCUGCCUUCUCCACUGUGUUCUGAUGCUUCUGAUGCUGGGGCUGGCGAUCUCUUCUGCUCUCAGAAAGGCAUCCUUAAAGAGCUCCUUUAUAACUCAGCAUUUGAGAACGUAAUCUUCAUUUCCUUCUGUAAAUGGAGAGCUGUAGUAUUUUCUAUAGUAAUUUCAUAAUUAGCCUCCUUUGUCUGAGUUAACUGGAAGCUGUGAAACAUACAUACUAAGCGUUGCAGAAUUAGAACCUGUCCAAAAUACCACUGCUUGGCUGGCUUUGUUCCUUCUUGGUGUGAGGGGAAAAAAAACAACCAAGGAGAGUGUUUGACCUUUCUUUCUAUUUUCAGCAGAUUUUGUAAUGACGGGGCUUUUAAAAAUGGAAAUCAUUUUCUACCUAAGGGUUUUUUUGUUGUUUAUUGUGUCGAUGAUUUUAUAUGCCGUUCAUAAAGAAUUGCUUAGCGAUAAGUACCUUACAGAGAACCAGUUUCAUUCACUGUCAAGUCUUGACAGAUAAGAAGCGCAGUGGUACCUGAUCCCUCUGUGGAGACGUCCAAUUUCUACACGGUUUGUGCUUUAGUGGGAUGCCAUACGUACCUCUUUAUGGUUAAGGACAGUUAAAAGCCUAAGAAUUGUUCUCCAAAAGGCUCUCAUCUCAGGUUUCUAGCAAGCUGGAUGAGGUAUUCUUCUAGACAGAGAGAAUGUAGAUCUGUCUAUCUUUAGCUUGUAGAAGAAAUUGGCUAAUGCAGCGUUAGGAAGACUGUGGUCAAAGUGCUAAAUUUUUUUUUCCCCUUGUCUUGCAGAAGCCAAGAACAGACUCAAGGCUUUGCUUCUGAGACACAGAGAGUAACUAAGUGCAAGUACAUUAGUUUCUGCACACCACUGAAACAAACAGCCUCAUUUUUUGCUGUUUUCUGGUCAGAUUUGAUUUGUAGCUUCCAUCAUUUCCUAGGUGGCCAGUUGUCCAUUCGUGAAGUUAAUUGGGGCCCGUGGUGAGUACAAUGAUAAGUUCUGAUCAGUGAGGACAGACAUGUGGAAUCACAAUUACAGUGGUCUGGGGAGGAAGAAAAAUACCAGCAAUCUGAGGGCUUUUUGCACUGCAUAGAGAAGCUAACACUUCAAUAUGGGAUUACUGAGUCUAAUAACCUAAGAGCUCAACUAUCCUGCAGAAGUUCUUGGGAGAGUAGGAAGCUGAAACUUCUCUUCAGUGGUUAAUCCCUUAGCUGCUGGACAUUAGAGUUUCUGUUUGGUUACAUUUAGAAGUUUCUGUUUCCAACUGAUUAUUUCUAUUCAAAUUCUUCUCAUUUUAAAAGGUAGAAUCUUCCUUUUUUCCUGUAAGGAAAUAAAGGGUGCCUGAAGAAGGUGGUAAAUGCGUUGCAGAGUAUAGAAAAAAAUCAGAUGAUGAUAGCACAAUGAUGUUGUUAAACCCUUACCUGAGUGCUCAGUUUUUGACAGUUUUGUAGGAGAAUGUCAUUCUAAGCUAAUCCAUCAGACAGAUAGGAGAAAUCCCUGAAAACUCUUAAAAGGUGAAUUAACCUUUAUGAAAACAUCUGAAAUUCUUGACUACGGCUACAGGUGGGCCUCAGUAACAGCAUGAAUUCUCUGAGGGGUAAUUAAAGCCAAGAGUUUUCCUAGCAAAGAAUGUACCAUGGUGGUACUGAUUUGGGCUGCCAAAAAGGAUUUUUCCUAGGUGUUUUUUGUUCUAAAUAUGUAAAGGGAUAGGUACCUGGAAUUGAAGCAUUAACACUUUAAUUCCAGUAGAUGAUGUUUUGAUGUGGAAUACUGAAAACCAAAGAACAUGAAACCAUGACAUACGUAAUACAAGUUGAAGGGGAAAACAAUUGCUAUUGCAAAUGUACACCUGGAAUUCAGCUCUGUGGGAUGCCAACUAGUAAGUUCUUAAGGAUAAGUUCUUAAGGAUAAGGCAAUUACUUGUCUUUUAUAAGGUUAAUAAUUGCAUGAUCUUAGAAUGGAGCAACUUCUUCCUGCAGCUUUUCUAAAUAAAACCUCUGAGGUGACCCCCUAUCUCACCCUAAGUAAGAGAAGAGGGUUCAGCGACUUUAGGUAUGUACUUGUUUGAUGACCUUAUGUUAUCAGACUUCUGAUAAAAACAAAAUAGAAAGGCUGUCCAGAGCUGCCUUCCCCAGCAGUACCGACUAGCAAGCUUAUUUUAAUUCCCUGGAAGUUACUUUCUUAUGCUUUGUGGGGAUCUCAUCUAUUGGGAAAUACAGUUAGAUAAGUGGCUGUGCCUAACUUCCCUGAGGCCAGCUCAACUAGGUGUUUUAAAUGGCUUCCACUCUAAGCCAUACAAGUUGUUUCAUUCCUUUCUUUUCCUACUUCUUAUGCUGCUUUCUCUUCUGUCAAGUAAAUAAGGAUCCAAGUCGAGAACCACUCAAGCAGAGAAAGAAGUGAAAAAAAGACUACUAUUAAAGACUACUAUUGUUGUUUUGCAGUUUAUUUUUAAAUAAAAAAACACUGCUGUUACUUGCAUGCAUGGCAUGCACUGGGGGGACGGAAGUUGAUGUGGAGGUGAGGCUACUAUGCCCACGUGAGGCUAGUUGCCUCACACAGUGGGUGAGGAGAGAUCAGUAUUCAGUAUCAAAGAUAGCACAAAGGUAAGACGUUUCAAAAAGCUCAGUCAUCCCACUCAUUGUCACUAGGCCCAUAUCAAUUAAGGACUUGCGCUCUUAUUUCUGGUUUGUCAUAGAAGUUAAACCUAUCAAGAAGGACAUCCUUCUAUUCACUGAUGGAAAAGCGCACUUACUCAUGCAAAUUGCAAUGCAAAGGCCAAAUCCAUCCAAAUGCUGUUUUAUUUCCUUUGUUAGAAAGGAAAGUCCAGAAUAAGAUUCAUUUUUGUUCUUUGUGUUACCAUUUGGCCUCUAGGAUGAAGGUUCACAGGAACUAACUGAGUUGCAAGGAUUUGACACAAAGGCUUCUGAGAAGCACUAUUUGAAGUUAUCUAGCUGGAACCAAAAAAGGUAAAUUGUAGGGAACUAUACUUAAAUACAACCAGAAUUAUUUUUUUGUGCAACAGUCAAUACCGCUCUGCUCUCAGGAUAGCACACUUGCCUUUAAGCUGGAGAAGCUCUACCAAGUUGAAGAGAUGCUGCUAUUCAGAGAUUCAGCUUUAACAAUAGAAACACUAGAAAGUGUUUUCAGUUGGUGAGUAAAGCAAUUCUGUUGAUUUAUAUUUCUACUAAUUAUCUACUGCAAAACUACUUGUUUUUUUAUUAAGCCCUGCUUGAAUCUCUUACAGAACAUCCAACACAAAACAGCCAAUUACAGUAGCAGUAGCUUUUCCUCUUCAUUCUAGUUUCCAGAGAUAAGUAAGCUAAUGCCAGCAGCCAAGGAAACAAGGCCAGACUGCAGCACAUCCCUCUGUUUGUGGUAAGUGAGGAUUUUCUUUGCUUUAAGUUAAGUUGAAGACAGACAGGUAUUCUUUAAAACACUUCAGCUAGCUAAGCCGAGUCAUUCCAUUCUAGGAUAGAUAUUUUUACACAUACUUAUUGCUAUAUGCCUUUCAUAUAAACAGUCUUCUCAAAAAACUGCACCAAGCUGAUAAUUUUUAGUAAAAUGCAUUGUCACCUGCUUCCAAUAUCAAGCAGAGUUGCAACUGGAAUUUUUGGGGCAUACCUGGAAAGGAGAACUGAGUUACCUAUGAGUCCUCCUACAUAGUUUUGCUUAAUCUAGAAGGUAAAUAAAGUGAAAGACACAUCUCUUCUAAGCAUGACCUAAAUCUUUACUACUUCCAUUUUAAAAUCCAAAACUGGCCAAGUUGUCUGCCCACCAAUUAAACAUUAUUUGAGGUGCUGUCUUAAAUACACUAAAAUAAAAUCUUAUCCCCAAGGAAAGAAUUUUCUAGGAAAGUAAAGACUGCUUUGGUCUUACUCUAGAUCUCUCAGAAAGGAUUCCUGAACAUUUCCAUUUUUUUGUGUGUACUUGACUUCUUCUCCCCAGGAAUAGCUUGCAAAACAGUCACGAAGAGCACCAACUUAAUCCUUUCUAACUACCUGAGUCUGUUCAGGUUGCUGAUAAUGUGAAAUAGUCCUAGCGUAGACAAGACAUAUACUUGGAUGGAUACUUACCACAGGAACAUUUCACCUCAAGCUGCUUACCCAAGCCCUUUCAACAGGGUAAACCCCCCACACUUCCUAGAGCACAUUAAGCGACUGCACAUAGUGACUGAAAUCACAGACCAAGACCUCAUUCAAGAUGUCACCUGAGAUGAAGCCAGCUGAACUUUAUCAGGCAGAACAAGGCCAGGAAGAGCUGCUUCCUUCUUCUUGCUUGCAGCCUAGAAGGAACAUCACAACACAGGAGCCA